AUGGCGCUUCCGUCCCUUCCGUUAGCAUUAUGUGUGAUGAUGGCACUGGCCGUUACUCAUGCUACGCGCACUGCUGUGGUGUUGGAAUCACCAGAACUACAGAAGACGCAUUCCAAGUUCUUCAAGCUGCUCGAAGCUCGUGGUCAUGAGCUGCAUUUUUUUACGGGUGAGAAGAAUGAAAAGCAAUUGCUAAAGUUGGAGGUUUAUGGAGAGCGCGCGUACGAUAAUUUAGUGCUAUUCUCGCCUCACAAAGCGUUGAGCUCUCUCCGCAAGUCGGACUUGUUGCACUUUGUGGAGGAAGGUGGCAAUGUGCUGCUGUCUGCUAGCAAGAAGAUCACGUUGAUGCAGCGUCAGUUUGCGCUAGAAUGCGGUGUUGAGUUUGAAAAGAAGGGCAGCAUGGUGCUGGACCACGUCAACCCCAUUGCGGACGACAAUGACAUGUACAAUUCGGUGAUUGCCGCCACGGACUUUGUAGCCUCGGAGCGUGUUGUGGGAUCACUGGCCGUAAAAUCCAAGCCCGUCGCCUUUUCUGGCAUGGGCAUGUCACUCGAGCCCAACAACGUUCUGACCUUCCACGUGCUCAUGGCGCCUGCCAGUGCGUACUCGGCCAAUCCGGUCAAACCCAUUACGAACAAGGUGGUCUCUAAUGACCUGCUAUUCGGCAACCAGAUUGGUCUCGUGACUGCUGUGCAGGGGCGCAACAACGCCCGCAUUAUCUUUGCUGGUUCGCUUGACCUCUUCAGCGACAAAUACUUCGAUAAUGAGAUGUUUGCCAACGCUGAGCUUGCCGACGCUGUGAGCAAGUGGGGCUUUCAGGAGAGUGGUAUGCUCCGCAUGACCAACGUGAAGCAUCACCGUGAGGACGGCUCGCAACCAGCAAAGAUGCUGAGCGACGUGAACCGUGGCGACCAGCCGAUAACGCUGUACCCUGAUGCUGAGGUGGCACGUGACUCACUCGUGUACCGUGUGAAAGACAAUCUCACAUAUUCUCUAGAUCUGCAUGAGCUUAAGGAUGGGAAGUGGGGUCCAUACAAGGCUGACGACGUGCAACUGGAGUUCGUCAUGCUGGACCCUCACGUGCGUACGACGUUGAUCCACGACAAUGACGGGCAUUUUUCUGUGACUUUUCAGGCGCCUGACGUGUAUGGUAUCUUCCUCUUCCGUGUGAUGUACCGCCGUCUAGGCCUGUCAACAGUCUACACGACGACGCAGGUUUCGCUGCGUCCAUUCAAACACGACGAAUUUGAGCGCUUCAUUCCUGCCGCUUACCCGUACUAUGCCUCUGCCUUCUCGAUGAUGGCAGGUGUGUUCCUGUUCAGCGUCUACUUUCUGUUUUACGAUGGCAAGCACUAA